AUGGCGGUGCCUGUAAACCACAGGAUCUCUCCGACUAUUCAGUUAUUAGUGGCUCUACGUUUUUUUGCUACUGGUUCCUAUUUGAUUACUGUGGGAGACACAAUCAACAUAAGUAAAUCAGCAACCUAUUUCCAUCAACUCCAGAAGCACAAAGACAAGACUGAGCUGUUUGCCAGACCUGGAUUCCCCAGUGCCGUAGGCUGCGUUGAUCGUAGACAACGCAACCGAUAUGGCUGGUUCUCUAUAAAUGUACAAGGGAUCUGCAAUGCAAGAUUGGAGUUCACGAAUUUUUUGGCUCGUUGGCCCGGCUCCACACACGACACGGGGGUAGUUCGUCACUCCAGAAUUUGUCAUUUACUUCAUCAAGGGGUGUACAGAGAUGCUGUUCUCCUCGGAGAUUCUGGUUAUCCUGAUCUCCCGUUCCUGAUGAGACCCCUAAGGAAUCCUCAAACAGCUGCUGAGCAUCUGUACAAUGAAGCUCAAAUUCGCACACGCAACUGUAUUGAGCGUUGCUUUGGGGUAUGGGCCAGAAGGUUUGCGGUGGUGGAGAUAGGUUGGCGAUUUUGUACUCCUGGGAGAACUGUGGCCGUAAUUAUUGCUACUGCUGUACUACACAACAUUUCUCUAUUAUUUCGUCAUUUCCCCGACGAGAAGCCGAUGUGGAGGCAUACAAUGCAAUUCAUGCAAACAUUGCACUAG